GAAUAUCACGUGAUUUUCGGUAAUUCUAGCAGGGCUGUGUAAUAAAAGUUGUAUUCUCAAGGUCGAGAUAUAGACCCGCAACAACAGACCCUCGCGGAGGCUGCUAGCUGGCAUUCAAAGAUCUUCUAUCGGCGUGAUGCGCAGCUUGGUUUUUGUCACGUGUCUUUACAUUGCGCAUGCGCUGCCAUUCAUUCAUCGAGAAGCGACGACCGACGAACCACCACGUGACCCAGACAUUGACAGAAAUGCCAGCCAGCUGAUCCGUAACCGCGGGUACCCUGUGGAGGAGCAUUACGUCACUACUAGUGACGGGUUCAUCCUGAACCUCCAGCGCAUCCCACAUGGACGGAACGAGCUUCGCGAGGGAUCUGGGCGCAAGCCUGUAGUUUUCCUACAACAUGGCCUACUAAUGGACAGCACAAACUGGGUUCUGAACUCCCCGCACGACAGUCUUGGGUACAUACUUGCAGAUAAGGGUUUUGACGUGUGGCUUGGUAACAUCCGGGGUAAUGAGUAUUCUGCUGCUCACGUCAAAUGGAACAAGGACUCCAGCAAGUUUUGGGACUGGACUUGGCAACAGAUGGCGCAAUACGACCUUCCCGCCAUGAUUGAUUAUGUCACUCUGGCAACCAGCCAAUCACAAGUCUUCUACGUAGGCCAUUCCCAGGGUACCCUGAUCGGUUUCACAGGAUUCUCAGCCAAUCAAGAACUUGCCAAGAAAAUCAAGAUGUUCUUUGCACUAGCGCCAGUCUACACGGUCGCGCACGUAUCCGAGUUUAUUAAAGCGUCUGCUUAUGCGCUAUUCCCUGUCACGCACAUUUUUCAAAACCACGUUAGCGAGGAAUUCGUCCCCAGUAAGCUGACAAAGAUGAUGAGUGACGCGGGCGUGUGCAGCCGCGCGAAGUCUGAGGAACUGUGCUACAAGACGGGAGAGACACUUUUCGGCUUUGACAGCUCAAACCUAAACAUGUCACGUGUCCCAGUCAUCAUGUCACACUGGGGAUCUGGGACGUCAUUUAAAAACAUGGUGCACUUUGGUCAGAUGGUUACCUCAGGCAAGUGUCAGAAAUAUAACUAUGGGUAUUUCUACAACUGGGUGAAGUACGGACAGAUUGACCCUCCACAUUACCGAGUAGAGGACAUGGAUGUCCCCACCGUCCUAUUCUCCGGGUCUCACGACACCCUAGCCGACCCUCUAGAUGUCGGGGAGCUAAAACCCCGCAUUCAAAAUCUCGUAGACUCUGAGGAGAUCCCCGGAUGGAACCAUGCCGACUUCCUAUUUGGUAUGGACGCUGAGCGCCUGCUUUACCGGAAAAUUGUGAAGAUGAUGUUUAAGCGCAUACGUGAAGAUAAUGUACCACAGCCGAUCGAGGGAAACGAUUUUAUUGCCUCUUUUUUGGGUUGGAAUAAAAUAAAGAAUUAAAGAGAUUUCUUGCCACAUCCUAACAGACCUUUUGUGGUUAAAAUUAUAAUUCUUUGGAGGCCUGUGGUUUUUCACCAAAAAGAGGCUCAUACGGCGUGUUAGUUUCUUUUUCCCGCCAAAAGCAAGUAAACAACAGAACACCCAAGACAACAAAAUUUUGUAGAAGUCAUAACAUUCCCGUCAAAAAAUGCCCGUUUGAGCCUCUCUUUGGUGUAAAACCACAGGCCUCCGAACUGUUCUAUUACUAACCGCGAAAUAGUCUAUUGUGUUUUGAGUUGAGGGUUUUUAUUGGGUAAAAUUGAAAAUUCAAUUAUUUUGCUAAAGCAAAACAUUAUGGUAACAUUAUCUCUCCAUUUCUUGGAGGGAAAAUAUAUUCGAAUUCAUAUUGCAGUUUAAAAGUGGUUUAAAAGUAGUUUAAAAGUUUAAAAGUAGUUUAAAAGCUCUUAGAUCCCACAUGGAUCUAAGCUGUGGUUUAAAGCACCUCGUUCGAGUCGAAGUCGCCCUGCAGUUUUUUUGCCGAUGAAGUUUAACUGAGGCAAACCGGCUAUGCCAUGCUGACGAGUCCUAAUAAGGACGAAACAGCUUUCCAUGGUUGCCGAACUGCACGGGUAAUAGACUGUGCUAGCGUCCCGUCUUGGCCCGACUGGUGCCAAUGUGUGUAUGCUAGUGUGCUUAUAAAGUCCGUAGUUUAAAACACUCUUUUGUUUUAUAUUAGUAAGAGGAGUUGAUUGUAAGAAUCUUAAAUGAUACAUGGGUGUGAAUAAAGGUAUUUGCAUUGUUUCA